CCUGUUUGUUUCACGCAUGUUCUCAUUUCUAUAUAAACCUCUUCCAUUUCUUCUGCCUUCAACGAUUUAUUUCUCUGCGAGUCGUUCUUAUAACUUGUGCAUUCUGCUCUGUGCAAUUCGCUCAUUUUCCUUCUUGCGUUUCCUUCUCUGAUUAAUCGGUGAUUCUUUGCGGUUAUCAUCUGAUAUUCAAUGGCGGACGCGGAAACCUUCGCUUUCCAGGCUGAGAUCAACCAACUUCUGAGCCUCAUCAUCAACACAUUCUACAGCAACAAAGAGAUUUUCUUGCGAGAACUCAUCAGCAACUCUUCUGAUGCUUUGGAUAAGAUUCGAUUCGAGAGUUUAACCGAUAAGAGCAAGCUCGAUGCUCAGCCAGAACUCUUCAUUCGACUCGUGCCCGACAAGGCCAACAACACCCUUUCCAUUAUUGACAGUGGCAUUGGAAUGACUAAAGCAGACUUGGUGAACAACCUGGGUACCAUUGCGAGGUCUGGGACCAAGGAAUUCAUGGAGGCGCUGCAGGCUGGUGCUGAUGUAAGCAUGAUUGGACAGUUCGGUGUGGGGUUCUACUCUGCAUACCUUGUCGCGGAGAAAGUCAUUGUUACCACAAAGCAUAAUGACGAUGAACAGCACAUUUGGGAAUCUCAGGCUGGUGGCUCUUUCACUGUUACUAGGGACACUGAGGGCGAGCAACUCGGAAGAGGAACUAAGAUUACUCUCUUCCUCAAGGAAGAUCAGUUGGAGUACUUGGAGGAAAGGAGGAUCAAGGAUCUUGUAAAGAAGCACUCUGAAUUCAUUAGCUAUCCUAUCUACCUCUGGACGGAGAAGACAACCGAGAAAGAAAUUAGCGAUGACGAAGAUGAUGAGCCCAAGAAGGAGGAAGAAGGGGAUAUCGAGGAUGUAGACGAGGAAAAGGAGAAAGAUUCUAAGAAAAAGAAGAAGAUCAAGGAGGUUUCUCACGAGUGGCAACUGAUCAACAAGCAGAAGCCAAUUUGGCUGCGGAAGCCAGAAGAGAUCACGAAAGAUGAGUACGCUUCUUUCUACAAGAGCCUGACCAACGACUGGGAGGAGCACUUGGCUGUGAAGCAUUUCUCUGUGGAGGGCCAGCUUGAGUUCAAGGCCAUUCUCUUCGUUCCAAAGAGAGCACCCUUUGAUCUGUUUGACACGAGGAAAAAGAUGAACAAUAUCAAGCUUUACGUCAGGAGGGUGUUCAUCAUGGACAACUGUGAAGAGCUCAUUCCUGAGUACCUUGGAUUUGUGAAAGGUGUUGUUGACUCCGAUGACUUGCCCCUCAACAUCUCUCGUGAGAUGUUGCAACAGAACAAGAUCUUGAAGGUGAUCAGAAAGAAUCUUGUGAAGAAGUGUAUUGAGAUGUUCAACGAAAUUGCAGAGAACAAGGAAGACUACAAUAAGUUCUAUGAUGCUUUUUCAAAGAACUUGAAACUGGGUAUCCACGAGGAUAGCCAGAACAGGUCCAAAUUGGCUGACUUGCUGAGGUACCACUCAACAAAAAGUGGCGAUGAAAUGACAAGCUUGAAGGAUUACGUUACGAGAAUGAAGGAGGGACAGAAGGACAUUUACUAUAUCACUGGAGAGAGCAAAAAGGCUGUGGAGAAUUCACCCUUCUUGGAGAGACUGAAGAAGAAGGGCUAUGAAGUUCUGUACAUGGUGGAUGCUAUUGAUGAGUAUGCAGUCGGACAACUAAAGGAGUAUGAUGGGAAGAAAUUGGUUUCAGCUACAAAGGAGGGGUUGAAACUGGAUGAUGAAACUGAGGAAGAGAAGAAGAAGAAAGAAGAGAAGAAGAAAUCCUUUGAGGAGCUCUGCAAGGUCAUCAAGGACAUUCUGGGAGACAAAGUGGAGAAGGUUGUUGUCUCGGACAGGAUUGUUGAUUCCCCUUGCUGUUUGGUUACUGGUGAGUAUGGAUGGACCGCAAACAUGGAAAGAAUUAUGAAGGCUCAGGCUCUGAGAGACAGCAGCAUGAGUGGCUACAUGUCUAGCAAGAAGACCAUGGAAAUCAACCCUGACAAUGGUAUAAUGGAGGAGUUGAGGAAGAGAGCUGAAGCUGAUAAGAAUGACAAGUCUGUGAAGGACCUUGUGUUGCUUCUGUUUGAGACAGCCCUUUUGACUUCAGGUUUCAGCCUUGAUGAUCCAAACACAUUUGCUUCGAGGAUUCACAGGAUGUUGAAGCUGGGUCUGAGCAUUGAUGAAGAUGAGACUGGUGGCGAUGAUGUUGACAUGCCCCCAUUGGAAGAGGAAGGUGCUGAGGAGAGCAAGAUGGAAGAAGUGGACUAAAUGCUUGUUUUUUAUAAUUUUAUGUUCAGUUAUGGUCUCGCGUCUGUUUGUCUGUCUGUCAAUGGUGGAUGACGAAAUUUUUCUGUGUCUAGCUUCAUAGGUUUUUAGUUUUGUAAUGAGAGAAUGUGUCUGUUCUGUGAUGCGAAAAUGUGUCUGUCUGUUGCAUCUAUCUUACUUUGUCAAAUCUAAGAUACAUCAAUUAAAGAAAGGAACCGUGUUUUUGCUAA